AGUCGACUGGAUAACAACACAGAAAGAGAAAUUCUGUCAGUGAAAUAAGAUGGAUGGAGACAAGGCUCAAUAUUCACGCCUUAUGGAGUCUCUGAAGAGGAGACAGCGGCUAGGCCCUGACGAGCUUAGACUUAUUGCUGAACAUGACAGCGAUGAAGAUCAUGAAGGCAUGACCAUUGAAGAGGAGGACUUCAUGGACAUGGAGCUCCUGGAUGAAGGGGAAGAAGAGGAUGAAGAGGAGCAAGAUGAGCAGAGGGAUCAACCAACAACCUCCUAUCGGUAAAUGCAUGUAUUCCAAUAGUGUGUAUUUGUAAAUGUGUGUGUGUACAUAUA